UGUAUGUUGCGCUGUCUUUCUCUCGCGUCAUCUUUCGUUUUCUUUCUGUCUUUCUCCUCAAACACACACACACACACACAGCGGCUCUAAAACUUUCUACACAACCAAAUUACCAUUCAACAAAAAUUUGCAAUUCCUUUCAAAAACUCAGAUUUCCUCAUUUUUGGCUUCUCUCCUUCCUUCGCUCUCUCUGCUCCCAAUAUUCUCUCUCUCUGUCAUAACAAUAAUACAUUGAAAGAAAGCAAAGCUUCUCUCUGUCUCUCUCUGUCUAUCUCUCAGAUCCAUUGAUUGGAUCAGAAACAUCAGUGCAUGAAGAAUAUUUGAAGCGAGAUUCAUUUCAAGUUGACUGUGCAACUUACGCUGCUACCAUAGAGUAUUGAUUUAUUUGAACAACAGCUACAAUGAAGAAGGUCUUUGAUCAAACCGUUAGGGAUCUUAAAAGAGAGGUGAAUAAGAAAGUGCUUAAAGUCCCUGGAAUUGAACAGAAGGUUCUUGAUUCUACUAGCAAUGAGCCCUGGGGUCCUCAUGGAUCACUUCUUGCAGAUAUUGCAAUGGCAACCAGAAACUAUCACGAAUACCAGAUGAUCAUGGCAGUAAUCUGGAAACGGAUUAAUGAUACUGGCAAGAACUGGCGGCAUGUCUAUAAGGCUUUGACUGUUUUGGAGUACCUAGUAGGCCAUGGGUCCGAGCGUGUCAUAGAUGAGAUCAGGGAACAUGCAUAUCAAAUACAAACGUUGUCCGAUUUUCAGUAUAUUGAUUCCAGUGGAAGGGACCAGGGAAGCAAUGUCAGGAAGAAAUCUCAGAGUCUUGUGGUCCUAGUGAAUGAUAAAGAAAGGAUAAUUGAAGUUAGACAGAAGGCAGCUGCUAAUAGGGAUAAGUUCCGUACCGCCUCAUCAACUGGUGGAAUGUAUAGGCCCGGUUCCUAUGGUGACAGAUAUGAGGAUGAUCGUUAUGAAGGCCGCUAUGGAAGCAGGGAUGAAGAUAGGAAUGGUUAUGGUUAUGGGAAAGAAAGAGAAAUGGGCUACAGGGAUGAUGACCGGUAUGGCAGAUAUGGGGACUCAAAUAGUCGUGAUGGAGAUCGUUAUGGAAGAGAUUAUGAUGAACGCAGUAGCAGAGAUGGUUACAGGGAUGAUGAUUACCGUGGAAGAAGUCGAAGUGUUGAUGAUUACCAAUAUGGCUCAAGAAGUAGGAGCUCUGACAGAGACAAAGACCGUGCUUUUGAUGAUGAUGGUCAAUAUUCUUCUCGAGGCAGUGGUGCCAGAGCUGAUGACCAAUCUCAGGAGGGAAGGAAGCUCGAUCGGAAAUUUUCUGAACAGAAUAUUGGUGCUCCUCCAAGUUAUGAAGAAGCUGUGAGUGAGUCCCGAAGCCCUGUUCACAGUGAAAGGGGUGGAGAAACUCCAGUGGCAUCUGCUCCCAGAGAUUCUUCACCAGUAAGCAAUAUUCCAAGCCAAGCAACCACUGCUCCUGGUGCUUCAGCAUCUCCACAAAACCAGGAAGUUGAGGCUUUCGAUGAAUUUGACCCUCGAGGUUCAAUUUCAGCUGCUCCAGCUACCUCAAACAAUGCUGAGAUGGACUUACUUGGCUCUCUGUCAGAUUCAUUAGCCAUUGUGCCAACUACAUCUGUUACCACAGCCUCUGAGGCUGAUAUUCACACAAACUCUGCUCCAUCUUCCACUUUUGUGGCGGCACCAUCAGUUGCUAAUGUUGUAAAUCAGCCUUUUGAAGAUCCAUUUGGCGACUCUCCUUUCAAAGCUAUUCCUUCCACUGAUGGUGUCUCGUCUCAACAGCAGACUUCUGCUUCCUUCCAACCUACCAUGAACCAGAGUGCUGAACCGCUCCAACCUGGUGUGCCAAAGGCUGAUACGGUCUCAAAUUUUGACUUUGGGGACACAUUUGGGGGGCUUACUUACUCUGGGCCCAGCGUCCCCACUAUUCAACAUCAAACAAACCCACAGUAUUUGCCUCAGGAGCUGUCAAGUCCACAGGAGAACACUGAUAUUCUGGCAGACAUCCUCCCACCUUCUGGACCUUCACCUGCAUUCACUUCACAGCCAGCUCCUUCACCUGCUUUUACUUCACAGCCAGCUCUUUCACCUGCUUUUACUUCACAGCCAGCUCCUUCACCUGCUUUUACUUCACAGCCAGCCUUUUCAGCUCCAGCUGGUCAACCUGCACAGCCAACUGCAAAUGUUUAUGGCAGUUUUCAUCCACAGCAAGGACCUAUGGCUCCUCAGGUUCAAGCUGGACCUACUGCACAGCUCAACAGUGGAAGCUUCCUCCCACAGGGAGGAUCUACAGCUCCCAUCACUUCACACAUGCCUUUUCAAACUCCAGCUGGACCAACUCCACAGCUUAAUGGUGGAAACUUUUAUCCUCAACAGGGAGGAUCUGCACCUCCCAUCACUUCACAUAUGGCUUCUCAAGCACCAACUGGACCUGCUGCACAGUUCAACGGCGGGAACUUCCUUGCACUACAGGGUUCUGCAGCUCCACAAGCUACACAUGCCACUUAUCAAACUACCACCGGACCCGCUGUACAACAAAAUAAUGAUUUCCUUGGUAAUAUGCUUCCUCAAUUGGGACCAAACAACCACAUGAAUUUACAGCAAAAUCUUCCAUCUUCAUCAGGAUCACUUUCAACAGUUCCUCAACCAUCCAAGGACAAGUUUGAGACCAAGUCAACUGUUUGGACUGAUACACUAAGCAGAGGGCUAGUCAAUUUAAAUAUAUCCGGACCUAAAAUAAAUCCAUUGGCGGAUAUUGGAAUUGAUUUUGAUGCCAUUAAUCGGAAGGAGAAGAGGAUGGAAAAACCUGCUGCAACUCCUGUAACAUCUACGAUCAACAUGGGUAAAGCUAUGGGAUCUGGUUCUGGGAUAGGUCGUGCUGGUGCAAGUGCUCUCAGAGCUCCACCAACCCCUAUGAUGGGUUCUGGUAUGGGUGUGGGCAUGGGUAUGGGUAUGAAUAUGGGUAUGGGUGGUGGGCCUGGUUCAGGCAUGGGCAUGGGGGCUUACGGAGGCAUGAAUCAACAACCCAUGGGUAUGAGAAUGGGGAUGAACAUGGGCAUGAAUAUGAAUAUGGGUAUGGGGCAAGGAGUCCAUAUGCAAGCACCAACUGGAUUACCUCCUGGAUCAAACAUGUCUGGUGGUUACAACCCCAUGAUGGGCACAGGUGGUUAUGUGCCUCAGCAGCCUUAUGGUGGCGGUUAUCGAUGAGAUUGAGCCAAUUCCCUCAAUUGGAGAGUUGGAAAAGUGAUUAAUACUCUGUUUUGUUUUGAGGUGAAAGAGAUUGACAUAGCAAAGCCAGUGUUAUUAUUAAACCCCUCAACAAUGCACUCCGGUCCAAUGUUUGGUACACAGUGCUGUAUUUUAUAUCAAUAGUUGUAAUAUUCUGGAAAAUGGCCGAUGCGAUGUAUGUUUAUUCAUUCUCCUUUUCUUGUCUUAUCCCAUCAUUCCUUUUGGGUCAGGAGAGUUGUGUAGGAUUGCUGGUUUCAGCUGUUGUGAUAUUGUUCAUUGGUGAGGAUGACCUUUCUCAGGUUAUCACUUCUUUGAUCUUUUCUUUCCUUUUCCCCCCAUAUAUAUAUAUAUAUAUACAUAUAUUUUUUGACA